GGUACAAACUUUGGUUUCACUUCUGGAGCUAACGAUUGGCUAGGUGUAUACAACCCACUAUUAACUUCGUACGAUUACGAUGCUCCUUUGACCGAAGCUGGAGAUCCGACAGAUAAAUACUUUGCUAUAAGGGAUGUCAUUGGUGACUAUCUGCCGUUGCCAAAUAUGUCCCUCCCAACUGCAUCUCCAAAAGGUAAUUACGGUUCAGUAUUAUUGAAACCGGUACUGAAAUUGCUCGACCGUCCUUCUCCAUUCGUGGUGAUCCAAAAAACUAGCGAUCAACCUAAAACCUUUGAGGCUCUUUCGGUCAACCAAGGAUUUGUCCUUUACGAGACGAACUUGCCGCCUGCUAUCUCAGAUCCUGCAGCUAUACUGCGAGCAAUGACAAAGGACAGGGCGCUGAUUUACGUGGAUAAUCGACUAUGCGGCACUCUGAGUCGUAUUGAUAAGAUAUAUACUAUACCAUUAGAGCGCCCUUACGGCCGUCGCUUGAGCCUGUUGGUGGAGAAUCAAGGACGUUUGAAUAUCGGCAAUAAUAUUCACGAGUUCAAG